CGACACUUCCCGCGCACCCCUCCACGUGAUCCUCCACCACAACACCACCAUAUCGCAUCGUCACUCCCUCCGCCUACCCCCCAAAGUCUAAAGCAUCAUGGUCCUCGAACUACACGUCUGGGGCCCGGCCUUUUCCCUGCCGUCAAUUGAUCCGAAAUGUCUCGCUGCCAUCGCUUACUUUUCCCAAGCCGUCCCUAAGGACGCCUGGGUGCUGGUCGCCAGCAGUGACCCUUCCGUCUCCCCGACUAAUGAAUUACCCGCGCUGAAGAACGGCCCGACUUGGGUCAGCCAAUUCCGCAAUAUUGUGGACUACCUCCGGCAGUACUCGGACGGCGCAUGGGACCUGGACUCAAACCUGAACGCGCUGGAGACAGCGGAUAAUACGGCAUUCUCCUCGUUUCUUGAAUCCCGCGCACAACCCCUCAUCGACCUCUCCCUCUACGUAUCCAGUCAGAACUACUGGCAGUGCACCUCCCCCGCAUACGGCGAUCUUCUCCAGUGGCCCAACCAGUGGCUGCUCCCCCCACGCAUCCACUCCGCCGCAAAGGCCCGCACCGCCCACCUGGGCCUCUCCGCUCUGGACCUGGACGCCAUGGAGGAUCAGCGCAAACGUGACCACUCGGCCGCCGUCGCGGCGGGGAAGAUCCCCGCAAACUUCAUCCAGCGUCCGCGUGAUACCGUCUCGAAGCUGCUGGGCCGCACGUCGCAUCAGAGCCAGUUCCGGCUCGAGGCGCUAACAGGCGAGCUGUUUGAGCCCCUGGAGGCCAUGCUGGGCGGGAAGGACUACCUCGUGACGGCUGACCGUCCCACCAGCUUGGAUUGUUUGGCCACGGGAUACUUGGCGCUGGCGCUGGUGCCGGAGCUAACAUUCCCCUGGCUGCGCGACGCCAUGAAGAGCAAGGCCCAUAGCCUGACAGCGUACACCCAGCGCAUGCGCCACAAGUGCUACGGUACGGCGGCGGUCAAGGUCGCCGACGCGUACCCGUCUCUGUCGCCGUCACCGUCGCCGUCGCACCUACCGUGGCAGACUCCGGAGCGUGCCCGUUUAGCAACCGUGGGCUACACCCUUAUCAACUCUCUCGCGGACAACACCCCCAUCCUGAGCUCCAUCCGCGCGCAGAACCGGCUACGCCAGGCCGUCGAGUCAUCCAAGGCCGACCUGUCUGACGUGGAGCGCGAAGCUCUAGCCAAGCAUGCUACGGGAAUGAAGAAAGACGUGCUGGUGUCAGUGGCGGCUGCCGUUGGCGGCGUGGUAGCGCUGCUCGGAUACAUGGUACAGACGGGGUUCUUCUCACAUGAGGGCGAGGAGGAGUACGAAGAAGAAGAAGAAGAAUACGAGGAGGAACCGCUCGAGAUUGAGGUGGGAGAGGCGCCGGACGCGUUUGGGGUGAUGGGAUUGUAAAGGAGGAAGGAUUUGGAUGUAUAACAUGUAC